AUGAAAUUCCUUCUGCUCACUGUUGGUUUGGCCCUCAUUGGUACCAUCCAGGCCAUUGAAAACAUUUACCCCCAGAAAGAUGUGGUGGUUGAAGAGCUUUCAGGGAGAUGGUAUCUCAAGCAACUGGUAUCAACCAUGGACUUCCCAAGAAACCUGCUGGAAAUAGACAUUAAGGAUGUUAGCCUUACUCCUGAAGGUGAUCUAGAACUGGUUAUAGCAAGAAGGACUGACAACUGUGUUGAGAAGAAGAUUCUUGCGAAGAAAACUGAGAAACCCGCUGUAUUUGAGAUUGCUGUUCCCUCAGAGCAUGACUUGCACACACUCACUAUGGUUAAAACCGACUAUGACAACUUUACCCUCGUUUGCUUGAACAUGGAUUCCCUGGAGAAAAAGGCAUGUGCCUAUUAUGUUAGAAGAAUAGAUGAACACAAAGGAAUGGAAGAAUUCAAGAAAAUUCUCCUGACUUUCCCUAUGCCUUACACAGUGACUGAUUUCAUUCCACAAGACAUGUGCCGUUUUUAGGGAAAGCAGAGGAAGUUAUCCUCCUCCAGGAUCACCUCUCAGCAUGGCAGAA